CUUGACCGCAGCGACUGCUCACACCCAAGACUUACAUGCAGCUGUGGGAUCCGUUGUCAUUGUCGCUCACUCGUUCUCAUUCUUAGUCGCUCGUCUUCACAGCUCGCCCCACGCCCAGCUUGCGCGCGUAUGCCCUCGAGGUACCCGUUCGCCUGUUGAUGGCCCCCUCCCCCGACACACUCCUUGCCGGCCGCGGCGCAGCCCGCCAUGACUGUCGACCCCUCUUUCAUCGCGGACGAGAUGAUUACGCACCUCGUCCAGCUUGCGCCCGAGAUCACUGCGAUGGAGAAUGAGACGUGGGUCAUUAUAGUUGACACGGUCAUUCUUGUCCUCACCAUCAUCGGCGCUUUCUUCAUUCUCGGCGGAAUGGCGUUGAACGAGUUUCGCAAGCGCGCAUCUACAACCCGCAUGCGUCUCGUGCAGUCGCUCAUCUUCAGUGACGUUCUCCUUGGCGUUGUCGGCCUGAUCGGCUGCACGCUUACACUUGACAACAAGCCGUUGAGGAUCGACACGCCGACAUGCGAUGGCCUCGGCGUGCUCUUCCACGCCAUCAUCUUUUCCCAACACUGCUGGACGCUUACCCUCGCGUUUUGCACCUACAUGAUCCUCACCAAACCUUUACACAUUGUCACAUCCUGGAUUGAGAAGUACUGGAUUUGGUCCUGGCUCGUUGUCUGGAUCAUCUCCUUCACAGUCUCGGUUGCAACAUACCUCGUUUACGGGUAUCAGCCCGCCGGCGGCAUCUGCUACCUCGGCAACAACACCGGCCUGUACGGCGAACUCAUCCAGUUCAUCCCGCGCGCAGUUGUUUUCCUUUUCAUCUCCUUUUUCUACGGACGGCUUUACGUCUUCCUUCGCCGGCCCGAUAAGAUUCGCAGCGGGAUUUCAGACAACUCGCUCGGCGAGUCGAGCUACUCGAAGAUGAAGCACUCGUGGAUGCGCAGCUCGCGCUCCCGCGUACCAUUCAUCAAGACGCGCCAGACCAAAACCGUUGUCUUGAACGACAAGGGCGAGCGUGUGUUCGUCGACACGGCAAGCCACACUGCCUCAAACGCGAGUCAUGCGAGCUCUGCAGGCAAUACCAGACCCAGGCCUCCGCCCAUUGUUGUAGAACAGCCCGUGAUCGAGUCCACACCGGAAGAGCCACGCGCCAAGUCGCCCAUCCGUGCCAAGUCUCCCAGCCGUGCCAAAUCUCCUGAUCCUGACAUUCCACCAUGGGAACGCAUCGAACUGCCCGUCUUCCAGAUCGACGGGCAGAGGUACGGCGGAUCGUCGACGCCUGCUCGCGAGUAUACAUGGGCCGAGUGGCGUUUCUCCGGUCGUCGCACCAAAGCCUCUACGCCAGUGCCACCCGCCGAGACGAGCUCCUUCACCACCACCUCAUCCCCCCUGUCGUCUACAUUCAAAGAGUCGUAUGACAAGUCUCUACCGAAAUCAGUCACGCCGACAAGCUCCAACUUUGGCCAGUCUUCGCAGACCUCGCCGGGCGCCGCGUCCUUCUCGAGUGCUGCACUCCGCAUGGUCCACGAGAUGGGCGGGUCGAAUUGUGGCAGCGACACGGGAUACAGCUCUACCCCAACCGCCGUGGAGGCUCAUUUUAGCCGGCGGCCGUCGCAGGCCAGCGGCUCCUCCCUUCCAGAGAGGAGCGAUAUUGCUAAGCCGCUUCGGGUGUUUGCCCGCGAUGGGCCUUCCCCGAUGGACACCUUCAACUUUGAGGAGCGGCGACCGUCGCUGCCCAACAUCGGCUCAAUGCCAAUACUCAGCCAAUGGCGGCGUCCAUCAUAUUGCCCUCCGAUCCUGCGGCCGGCUUCGCGCACAGCCGCCGCUCCCUCGGCACAGACCAGCACUCUAACCGGAGUCGACCUCGAGCAGGGCUUCAUUGUGCUCGACGAGGAGAAGGCGGAGAAGAUGCCCUUGCCGAAGGAGGAGAGUGUCGAGGACGACCAAUGGGACCUCAAGCGGUUCCUCGACGCGGAGCCGGCGCCGGCCGGCGACGACCCGUUCGUCGUAACACAGCGCUCCGAGAACGUCGAGUACGUCGCCGAGAGCAUGGCGAGCUACCUGAACCGCAAGACGGCGCUGCUCAUGCUGUGGUUCCCUCUCGGCUACCUCGUCCUGUUCUCCGUCUCCCUCAUCCAAAUAAUCUACGACUUUGUCGGCAACCCUCCCGGCGAGCUGCGCGCCAUCAGCCGCUGGAUGAUCUUCGGGCAGGGCCUGCUCAACGGCAUCAUCUACGGCAUCGUCGAGUGGCACACGAAGCGUGUCGUGCGGCGCCGCGUGCGCCGCGGCACAUUUUCGCCACACACAUCCCACCACUCGUCCCACCACCUCGCGGGCCUGCAGGCCCUGCGCCACCCCAUUCGAUACUACCAUGAGCACCACCCGCACUCGCACUCGCACUCUCACACGCAUUCUCACUCAAAGCACAAAACAGAGGCUGAGGCUGGCGCGAGCCAGAUUGCCUCGCGCCGUUCGCCGCAAGUCAGCUUCGCCGACCCCGAGAGCAGCAUCAUGCAGCGCCUCGACCUGAAAGAUCGCGGGCCGACGCUAGACGAAUACUAGAGUGUACCUUGUAUGUAUGAGUAUGGAUCUGAAGACUAGCGAAAGUGUCAGUGGCACGGCAAUCGAGCGUCAAUGAAA